GGUAUGGUGUUGGUGGUAGAUAAUCGAUUUGCACUGGGUGAAAUAAGUAGAUGAAUCUCGACCUUCGAGAUCUGUUAUUUUCGGAGGCAAGCACAUGAUACCCUAUACUCCAGCCAUUCGCGACACAAGAUGUUUCCAGCUGCUAGAAGAUUAGCCCUUCGCGGCGUCACCUCCUUACCGCGAUCUACCUCUGCCCUGGCCGGCCCAUUCAGUCAAUCCGCCUUCCAGAGGUUGCUGUCGUCAUUGGCCAUCCUUGAACAGCGCGAGGGCCAGCUGAACCACGGAUCGUUAAGCGCAAUCACUGCUGCCAAGAAAAUUGGAGGCUCGGUGCACGGCUUCGUGGCCGGCAGCAGCAUCAAGUCAGUUGCAGAGGAAGCUGCCAAAGUGGAGGGUGUCGAGAAGAUUAUUGCCGUGGACAAUGCUGCUUACGACAAGGGCCUCCCAGAGAACUUUGCUUCUUUGGUUGUCGAGAAUAUCAAGAAGGGAGGCUAUACCCACGUCAUCGCGGGGCACACAGCAUUCGGGAAGAGCCUGAUGCCUCGUGUUGCCGCAUUGCUCGAUUCACAACAGAUCUCCGAUAUCACCGCUAUCGAGAGCGAAAACACGUUUGUGCGACCCAUAUACGCUGGAAACGCCAUUGCGACUGUCGAGUCCUCCGAUUCCGUUAAAAUUAUAACUAUCCGAGGCACUGCCUUCCCCGCCGCCGAGAUACAAGGCGGCUCAGCCGCUGUCGAGGAUGGUGUUGACCCCAAGUCAGAAGCUACGUCGGAAUGGGUUUCAGAAGAUUUGGCCAAAUCGGACCGCCCAGAUUUAGCAACUGCUGGCAAGGUAGUUUCUGGUGGGCGGGGUCUCAAGUCUAAAGAAGACUUUGACAAAAUUAUGCAACCGUUUGCUGACUCGAUUGGGGCCGCCAUUGGUGCCUCGCGUGCUGCUGUCGACAGCGGAUAUGCAGACAACAGUUUACAAGUCGGCCAAACCGGUAAGGUUGUCGCACCACAGCUAUAUAUGGCUGUGGGCAUCUCUGGCGCAAUUCAGCAUCUUGCUGGCAUGAAGGAUAGCAAAGUCAUUGCGGCCAUUAACAAAGACCCCGAUGCGCCGAUAUUCCAGGUAGCUGACGUAGGGUUGGUGGGUGAUUUAUUUGAAAAGGUACCGGAGCUGACAGAGAAAUUAAAGAGCUCAUAAGUCAAACAUAUAAUAUACUUGUAACACUGGCCCGUCAGGGCCUGAUUAUAUGAUGAA